AUGCCCCGCCAAUACACCGAGCUAUGUCGUAUGUGUCCCCGCUCCUUCCUCUUCGCCGUCGUCGCAAAGGUCGGCCCUGGUUGCGAGAGCCGCCCCCUAGCCGUGGCCUACCGCCAGGGGAAUAAUUCUAUGGAAGACACACAUCUGCAGCGCGUGGAACACUUCGCGGCAGACACUCUUACACUUAUUGAGAUCCUGUCCGAUCCUGCGAACCGCGCGCCGCUGGAGGCGGAGACGGCCAUUGCACGAGACUGGUAUUGGCGGACUCAAGGGCAUGACAAGGAUCGAUUUACUCCGCGACCCAGUGUUCCAGACUCGGUUCAGCCGGCUUAUGUGCCCUGGGAGAAGCGGAGGGAGUCUUCCCAACCCCGACCCCAGCUGCCUUGGCGUGAUGACGCCCCUACCCAGUUUCCAUUCGCCACAGCCUGCCUAUUACUGGGACUGUUGGGCGGCAAAGGGGAUUGCAAUCAAAGGAGUCGCACGCGUUCGGGCGACGUCCAGCUUCAGCCACUAUCCACUGUGUUCCUGGGCAAAUGCAUCGAGCAUGGGCUGGUCGUUGUGGAUAUUUCCGACCUUGACAGCGGCGUCAAGUAUGGCAUCGCGGCCUUUCCCGUGCGCUACAUGGCCGAUGUUCAGUACAAAUCGGACUCACGUGGCUGGGAUUCCAGGCAAGACCCCGCGCCUGAAAAGGAGCCGGACGUUGUACCCUUCAGUCCACGACCUCGACGGCUGUUGUCUAUUCAUCAGUGGCUAAGCAGGUACUUCCACUAUGACAACCUGACCAGUAACGCUACUCUCUGCCGCCUGGAUAAUAUGCCCCGUCUUGGCACUGCCGCCUUGGAUUGUAUAUAUGUUCCCACGCGACCUGUCAGGGUGAAUUGCAGCAACUGA